AUGCCAGACUCCUCAAAUACUCGUGGGGCCUACGAAGCGGCGCCUCCUGCAGCCGGUGAUGCUGCAUUCACCCGGAUAUCACGAAUUCCGGUUCCCGCGCGCUACCCUUCGACACCGGGACGAAAGAAGGUGGGGCCAACAACUCCUAGAUCGGCUUCUCAAUGGGGGACGCCUGGGAAUAGAGGUGCUCCGUCGACACCCUAUGGGGUUCGUGCAAUGCAACGGCGUGCAGCGAAUACUCCAGGCCGUGAGCGCCGAAAGAGCGGACGAGUUCAGCGCGAAACAGUCUUUGAUGUCCUUCGAAACCUAAGCAGAGCUUUGGCCCCCGAAUCGCAACCCAUACGUUCAUCACCGCAGCCGCCGCCUGAACCGGAGCCGGAACCUGAGAUCGACGAAAUCGAUGCACUUGAUAAGGAACCUGAUCCUGAGAGACCGCGGCUAUCAUUGCCAUUGGAGGAUGUCGAAGAGGAGGACGACGAUGGAAGCCCUGAGAUACGCCCACCGCGGAUGUCAUUGGCGCUGGGUGAUGAUGAUAUGCUGCACGAUGACAUAACGCACGAUGAUAUGACGCACACUUCCAUAGAAUAUCCUCGGAGAGCGACUCUUGAUCGCGAUCGAAACCGACUGUCUAUGGUCAGUGCUGGUGGGCCUCGGCUGAGUGAGAAUUUUGGCGAUGCUACCGGGCUGGAAAGCGAUUCAGACGUUGGCGGGAAUACAAGCGUAAUGCCGGACGGAGAACAAGAUGAAACUAUCAUCAGUCAUGGCGCGUUCGACAGGGGUGGGGAAACGGAAGACCUUGGGCGAUUUAACUUUGAUCUCAACUUUCCAUCACCUGCUGCCCAGCCCGAUGAUCUGGAUGCGGACGAACCCAUAAAUGAUGAUGAAGGAUUUGAAUUACCAGCUAUCGACCUUGAAUCUGAACAUGGCCCUGACGCCGACCCUGGAUCAGACGAUGAUGAGGUCGGCGGUACCACCGGGGGCUUCGGCCUGGAGCUAUAUUCUCCUGAAAGAGUCUCCAUGAGCGAAAGCCCUGGGCUUGUUGGAGGAGGUCUACGAGAGGAAGACACCGUUGUUCAUGGCUCCAAACAGAAGAAACUCUCGCGGCAUGGGAUUCCAGUCCCCACCCUACCUGCCGGUGUCGUCAAGAAGUUGGCUACGCGGUUUGCUCGGGCUCGAGCUGGGCCAAAGGCGAAGAUCAGUAAGAGCACGCUGGCAGCGAUUGAGCAAGCAUCUUCGUGGUAUCUUGAACAAGCCAGCGAGGAUCUAGAAGCGUACUCCAAACACGCCGGACGCAAAACCAUUGACGAGGCUGAUGUAACGGCCUUGAUGAGGAGGUGA